UGUAGAUCGGGUUUGAGAGCACUACAUAUCAAAAGAUUCACACAUGGUCGGCUACGGAUCAUACAUGACGGGGAAGGAAGAGGGCGGAAUCGUGGUGGUGGGGCGGGCGGAGAUCGACACCCGACCCCCAUUCAAGUCAGUCAAAGAAGCAGUUCUGUUGUUCGGGGAGAGGGUUCUCGCUGGAGAGGUCAUUUCCAGCAAGCUCAAAGAGAUACGAGCUGCUAAUAAGAUCACUGGACAUGCUGUCCAAUCCCGAAUCGCCGCCCUAAUGGCUGAGCUAGAAGAAGCAAAGCAAUACCUCCAGAGAAUGAGGGGAGAAAAUGAGGCGUUGGCACGGCGCGUCAAAGCCCUCCAACUUGAGCUUGAGGAAGCAAGGAGGGAGCUGAAUCGAUUGAGGCAAUCCCGAGCCCAGGAGCUCCAGAAGCAGGCAUUGCUAAAACCUGAGAUUGAGGACGUGAAGUUUGUGGAGAACCUCACUACGGUCGAGGUUGUAAAGAAACGAAUCGAGGAAGACCAGGAAGAUCAGGACGAGGAUGAGGCAGAAGGGUUCCAGUUUCAUCGAGAGAAGAAGAAGAGGCUUGUAAAGUUCGCGAGCCCUCCGUCUUUGACACGAAUUAUCGGCACUAAAGAAGAUCAAGAUAGUGACAACAAGAACGUGCUGGAGAGGCCUCCUUCACUGAAGAAAAAGAUUGGUAUGAAGAAGCCGUUGAUUGGCAUAAUAGGGUUCUUUCUUUCCAAGAAGAAGGGCAACCAAGAACACGAGUAGGAAGCUUGCUUUUUCCGAGCUAUUCUAGAUAUAUGAACACUGACCGAGUAUUCUUUACGGGUUUGUUAAUGCAAACCAAAUCAAUCGAAUCAUGAGGAUAUACAUAUAUGUUGCGUAAUUGAACUUUUAUUCCCUCCAAAUUAGUAAGGUCCAUCAGAGUUCGAGUAUCUGUACAACAAAUAGGUGUAAACAUGAACUUAUAAUAAUUUUUAGUUCAAUGUUGUUAUAAG